GUUAUGGUUAAGCAAAUGAGAAAGACGAGUUCGGUAAAAGAAAGGAAAAUUUUCAACACUUUCUUGUAUUUAUCAGUAUCCAAGCAGAAUAUUUUUUGGCAGUGAGGAUUAGAGUUUAUAUUGGAUUAUCUAUCUAGUAUUUAGGAUUUUUGAGUUCUUUGUUGAUGCGUCUAUUAAACAAAAUAGAAAAGGGGGUUUCCCUCCAAAACCUUGUUCUUUCACUGCAAACAUUUUCUCCAUUUCUCAUUCACAAUGCCCUGUUUUUCAUUCAAGCCUAUUAUCAAGUAAAAGUGUAAAGCAUGCACAGAGUUAAUCAAAGGAGAACAGGGUUGAAAUGCCUAUUGAAACCCCACUUAUUGGUCAAACAGAUCAAAAUACUGACAAUUCUCCAAGUUCUGGGAUUUACUUGCGCAAGCCUACCACCCCUGAUCGUCUUAAGGUCCCCAAGGCAUUUAAGUACCCAGAAAGGAAUGCCAAACAUGCCUUGGAUUUCCUAGAAAUUUUGAAGAAGAAACCUAAGCUGCAGGGAUUUAUAGAAAGAUGGAAUGCCAAACAUGCCUUGGAUUUCCUAGAAGUUUUGAAGAAGAAACAUAAGAAAUAGAAAUAUUUACUGGUUUUGUCAUUGCAGGUCACAUGUGUACAUCUUUUAGAAACUAUGAUUUUCUAAGAAAUAGAAAUAAAAUGUGUUUGCAGCUUAAGUAUCCAUGGAGACACUGAAAUGUUUUAGUCAAAUUGUGAAGCGCGUGCAAAACAAGAUUGUGGAUUAGUUCUUUAAUCAUGUCAAGUUCUUGCUCUGUUUUUGGGAUUAAGUCUCAGAUGCGCUCCUUCAAUAAAGUGUGGGUACGCAUUACCCAUUCUCUUCUCCAGCAUUGUUUUAGUAUUUUUACAGCUAUAAUAUUAGUUACCUAAACUAACUUCUUUCGCUGCCCUUCUCUAUAUAAGGGGAUCAAGUCAUUUUGUUUAGAGAGACUUUUAGAUGCCUUUUACAUUAUGACAAAAAGAACUUCGGAGAGCUUUGAGUAAGGUUGUACAAGAGGAUUUUGGGUCUGGUUUAUGGGUACAGGCUUUGUGAGUUUGGUGAGAGCUUCCUUGUAUUAUCUGAGUUAAUCUUUGAUUGUUAUUGGUGAUUCUAAUGUAAACUGCUGUGAUUCAUUUGUGGAUAA